AUGGGAAUGUUUUUAUAUUUUUCAUUUGGAAGUAACCUGUUGAAAGAAAGAAUAAGAAUCAGCAAUCCUUCAGCUGUUUAUCAAGGAAUCGGCCAACUGAAAGGAUAUAGAUUUAGGUAUGGUUUGCCCAAAGGUAUGAAAGAUCCCCUAGAAACCAGAUGGAGAGGAUCUGCUGCAACAAUAGAAAAGGAUGUCUCUCAAUCUGUCUGGGGAACACUUUGGACGUUAAACGAUACCGAUCGACCAAACCUUGACAGACAGGAAUAUACCUACACACCAAUAGUAGUUAAUGUUGUUGAUGAAAAGGGAAAGAACUGUUCCUGUCUGACUUAUCAAAUAAAAGAACUAGAAGAAGGCCUAGCUCUACCGUCUCCACAAUACAAAGAUGUCGUACUGCGUGGGGCACGGCAGUCCAAACUUCCAGAAGAGUAUAUCAUGUUCCUGGAAAGUCUCCCUGAUAAUGGAUUUGAAGGCCGUGUCGAGGUUUAUGAGAAAGUUUUAAAGCUGUUAGAAAAUAAUACCCCAUGA